UGUUGUCCUCCUUUUUAUCAACUCAUUCUAUGAAUCCUCCAGGCCACGCUUAGCACUGUUGCGCGCUUUUUGGUUUAAUUUAGAAGUAGUCAAUAACUACCUUGUGUAUAGUAUUUUUUUUUACUAAGAAAAUACCUCUGAGGAAUACUAACUUAUUUUGAAAUUGAAUACACGUUUAUGCACAAUGCCUAAUUUUUGCGCGGCUCCAAAUUGCACCAGGAAGAGCACUCAAUCCGAUUUGGCUUUUUUCAGAUUUCCACGAGAUCCUGAAAGAUGUAGGCUCUGGGUUGAGAACUGUCGCAGGGCCGAUCUGGAGGCGAAAACAUCUGACCAACUCAAUAAACACUACAGACUGUGUGCCAAACACUUUGACCCAGCUAUGGUUUGUAAAACAAGUCCUUACAGAACAGUACUAAAGGAUACUGCCAUUCCAACCAUAUUUGAUUUAACAAGUCACCUCAAAAAUCCUCAUAGCAGACACCGCAAGCGGAUCAAAGAAUUGAAGAAGAGCAUAAGGAGAAUAAAAGAGAGAAGAUUGGCGUCCUCCAUUGAACAGCUCCACUCGAAGAAAGACACUGAGGCAACCGAGGGUCUAGAUGUGGCGGAGGAGGAAAUACAGUUGUCUCCAGAAGAGAAGGAGUUCCGAGAUUACUUGAGAUCUUUGUUGAAAUUGUUGUCAUGCUAGGAAAGCAGAAUAUCCAUUGGAGACCCAACGUUCAAGGAAGGAGUGGAGAGAAACCCCAGUAAUUUUCAGGCCUUACUGGAGUACCGCAUUAAUGCAGGAGAUGAGGCUCUGAGGAAACGGUUUGAGGCCACUGCUGUGAAUGUGGAGUACCUCUCCACAGCCCAGCAGAGCCAGCUCCUUGACAUCUGUGAGGGCACAGUCAGAGAGGAAAUCCUCAUGGAGGUGAGGGAGAGCCGCUUCUUCUCCCUGGUCACAGGUGACCUGGUGGAGUUCGCUGGGGAGAGACACCUGCCUCUCUUCCUACGGUUUGUAGAUCAAUCCAAUGCACUCAGGGAGGAAUUCCUGGACUUUUUACCUUUUGAGGGGGAUGAGGCCUCCCUGGUAGAGAGGCUUGAGGCCCAGGUGACAAACAAAUGGGGUCUCAGUAUGGAGGACUGUCGCGGCCAGGCCCAUGUAGCCACUGGCACCUUUGCCACCAAGAUGAAAGCUGUGGCAAUCGGACUGAUGGAGAAGUACCCUAUGGCAAUACACACGCCUUGUUCUACCUGUGCACUGAACAUACACCUGGCCAACAGCCUUCCAUUCCCCAGUGUUCAGGUUGUCAUGGCAACCCUUAGAAAAAUUGAUGUCUUCUUUAAGCAGUCUAGUUCCUUGCAGGCUGAACUGGAGAAGACCAUCUCUGUUUACCAUCAGGGUAAGUGUGAAAGCAGCUGAGCUGAAGGAGGCCUGCACCUCUAAUUGGACGAGCAGCACAAUGUAUUUGAGAUGACUGUGGACUUGUUUGAGUCCCUCAUACUAUGUAUGGACUGCAUUCGGUACAAUGUAGAAGUCAAGUUCACUGAUGCUGUGACUGGAGAUGCGUACUCAAUCGCAGAGACCCUGGCUGACUUUGUUAUUGUAACAUUGGUGAUCCUGAAAAAUGCUCUUUCUUUUACACGAGCAUUUGGCAAAACCUGCAAGGGGAGGCCCUUAUGUUUUCUUGCUGCCAACAGUCUAACAGCUGUCCUGCACUCUCUGAAUGAAGUCUUUGACAACAUUGAGGUCUACCAUGAGUUCUGGUUCGAGGAGGCCGUGAAUCUGGCGGCUGCCAUGGAGAUUCCAGUGAAGGUGCCACGUCUGUUCCUCCGGAAGCACCGUGCGGCCGACGCAGGUGAGAUCCUGCCAGAGACAUAUUUCAAGGAGUAUGUGACGGUCCCAGUGUUGCGGGGCAUUAUUGAUGAGGUCGACGACAUCUUCUCCCAGAGCAACCUCAAAGCCCUCAAGUGCCUGUCACUGGUGCCUGCAAUCAUGGGCCAGAUGAAGUUCAACACCUCAGAGGAGAACCAUGCAGAUGUGUACCGCCAUGAUCUCCCUAACCCAGACACUCUUCUGCCUGCGGAGUUGCAUUGCUGGAGGAUCAAAUGGAAGCACCGGGGCAAGGAAGUGCGUCUGCCCUCCACCAUCCACGAGACACUUCAGCUGUCAGACGUCAAGUUCUUCCCCAACGUCAACUGCUUCCUGAAGGUCCUGUCCACCUUGCCAGUCCUGACACUGGAGGACGGCAGCAGCUCUGAGACAUCCAGAAAACGUCUGCAGACCUAUCUCGCUGGGACACCUGUCAAGCAAAGGUGCAAGAGCCUGGCUGUAAUUUACAUUAACUCUCAUGUUAAACAUGACCUGGAUGUCAUGGUUGACAAAUACUGCAGACUGUACCCAGAGGAUUGGACUGAACCUGAGGCUGAGGCUGAGGCUGAGGCUGAGAUCAGUGUGGUGAUCUAGGAUUUCAAGACAGAACUUUAGAUUUUUGUCAGUAUGAGGGAACACAUUCAGAGGUAAAUUACAGUCAAAAGACCUCUUCCUGUUGUAUUAUCCAGUCUUUUAUAAGAUAUGGGACAAGUCACAAUAAAGUCUGGUAGAACAUGACUUGGUCCAAUAGACAAGUAUAUUUUUUAUGAUAAUUUUGUUAAAUUGUAUGAUAAUUUUGUCCCCCUGUACCUUAAGAAUAUUGCCAUUAAAAUUGCUUUUCUUUGA